GUUAGGUUUGCAAAAUUGGAGUCAAGAAGCCUCUUCUUCCUCUUUCUUCUCUCCUUCUCCUCCUUUUAAUCUCUUCCUCAGCUUCCUUAGCAAUCGUAGCUUCUGUCGAAAAUAAUGUCUGCUUCGUCCAGAUCCAGAUCUAGCGUGCCGGCGAUGAAAAGCGGCUUGAAGCAGUCUAUAUCCCCAGCCGGCCGUUUUUACUCGUCCGCGUUCUCAGCUUCAGCGCCGCCUUCCAACAUCAACGUCUUCGCUACGUCCUCAACGAGCUUCUCGGCACGAUCAACUUCUAACUUCCUUACCCGUUCCUCUUCCCCCACCCGUGUAAACUUAAUCGGAUCCUCGCCGCCGUCCUCCUCCGUCCGCUUCUCCAUCGACCGGCCCAUCUCACCUGGCCGUUCAAUCUCCGCCAUCACCAGCCGCGAUCCGGUCAUCCGUCCACCGAUAUCCGCCCCUGGCCGCCGUAAGACAUGCAUGUGCUCGCCGACCACCCAUCCCGGCUCCUUCCGAUGCAGCCUCCACAAAGGCGUGCCAAACCGCCAAACCGCAGCUGUCUCCUCACCGUCGAAUCGCCUCAACGCUAGACGAUCGGCGAUGACGAACUCACUCGUCCGGAUCGGAACGGUUGAGGGCGAGUUGGUCAAGAGGGCCCUUGCAGCCCUGAUCCGCCCUUCCUCGCAUCAUCAGCGCCGGAGAGCUGACUUCCGUCCUCGGCCAAGUCGCCUUUCCAAGAUGUCCAUCGCUGAAGAUCUAUGAUCUGAUAUAGAAGGGGUUAUAGAUCUCGAAGCAGUCGGAAGAUCCGUUUAAGUGUUUUUCUCUCUACAUAAAUUUCUCCGUCGUCGUUGACGCGCGCCGUUGCUGUUUAGUGCGUGUCCGUUGUCACCACGGUCCCGUCGUGUUGUCGCCGUCGCCGUCAACUUUUGAACCAGCAUUAGUGGUAUCUAUGAAGAGGUUGGGUGCCUUUCGUUACUUCCAGUGCAAGAAAAGGAGGCGUGGUCCUUAAGCAGCUUCGGAUCCUUCUGAAAUUGAGAUAACUAUAUAUAAAAAAUCUUUAAAUUGAAAAUAAUAAUAACAUA